UAUAAAGCCUCCUCCCAGUGUUGUUCUCCACACACACAAAGCGAACGAUGAAUGAGGGAAAACUCCUAUCGAUGCCAACCGAAAGUCAGCUGAUUGAGCUGGAGCUGCUGAACAUUGAGGAGCAACUUCUGAUAAUUGAUUAUCAACAACAACAACAACUACAGACGAGGAGAAGCAGGCGAAGGUUGUUUGUACUGCCACUAAACCAACCGACGACCAACAAUGACAAGCCCUCAACUGCCAGCAUGGCCAUCGACGAAGUACCAUCGCCAUCCAGCUCCUCAUCACCUGAGGCCUCCCCCGAGCCAUCCACCUCCUCAUCAUCUGAGGACUCCCCCGAGCCAUCCACCUCCUCAUCAUCUGAGGCCUCCCCCGAGCCAUCCAUCCCCUCAACCGAGGCCUUCGUCCAGUCAACAACUUCAGCUUCUCUGCGGCCCAGUUCACCGGCUUCCUUCACCCUGUCCGACCCUCCAGCCUCCAUGAUGCUGCCAUCUCCCCUGUCCCGCACAGCAAAAAAGAGGAAAAGAAAGGGGGAGCAGGAUAUUGGUGGCCUCACCCGUGUCAGGGGCGAUUUGAAGGAGCUCAGGCUGGCGCUAUUAGGGAACAUCUCGGAGCCAGAUGAAUACGCCAGAUUUGGGCUUACUGUGGGGGACAUGGUGAGGGCAAUGCCUCCAGCGAUACGGCGUUCUGUGAUGGACAGGGUGUAUAUAUAUGUGCUUACGCACAAGGGCGUAGUCCAAGACUUUGGCACUAAAUAGUUAUUUUAUUAGUAGUAGUUAGUUUGUGUUUUGCACCUUGUACUUUUGCACUGUAUUAUUUCUUAUUUUGCACAUUUUGCAUUUUUCUUCUUUUAUCACUUAUUUUACAACUUGUAUGUAAAUAAAACACCAUAUAAGUAUUGAA